UGAUUGAUCUCUCAAUUCUUUACACAAAAAAAACCAAAUAAGAAAAUAAGAAACCCAUUUAUUUUAGCUAGACCUAUAUAGCCUAUAGGCAGUUUCCAAGCCAAUGGAGGCGUGCAUCAUCACAAACACAAAGCACGACAAAAACUAGGUCCACCAUCACCACCAACACCACCACAAAAACCCUUUCAUUCCAUUUCUAAAAGAAAAGGUUCUCAUUUUCAUUUCAAAAAAAGAAAAAAAGAAAGAAGAAUGGCAAACAACAAAAACACAACCAAGAAAGAAGCGCAAGCCCUUCUGUUAGGGCGGUACGAGGUCGGAAAACUCCUAGGCCACGGUACCUUCGCGAAAGUCUACCACGCUCGGAACGUGAAAACCAACGAAAGCGUGGCCAUCAAGGUAAUCGACAAGGAGAAAAUCCUGAAAGGGGGUCUGAUCGCUCACAUCAAGCGCGAGAUCUCGAUCCUCCGCCGUGUCCGACACCCGAACAUCGUGCAACUCUUCGAAGUCAUGGCCACGAAAUCCAAAAUCUACUUCGUCAUGGAAUACGUGCGAGGCGGCGAGCUGUUCAACAAGGUUGCCAAAGGUCGGCUCAAAGAGGACAUAGCUCGCAAGUACUUCCAACAAUUGAUCUCGGCCGUCGCUUUUUGCCACUCGCGUGGGGUUUAUCACCGCGACCUUAAACCCGAGAAUCUCUUGCUCGACGACAAUGGAGAUCUGAAAGUUUCGGAUUUCGGACUCAGUGCCGUGUCCGAUCAGAUUCGACAAGACGGGCUGUUUCACACGUUUUGUGGUACACCUGCUUAUGUGGCUCCCGAGGUUUUGGGUCGAAAGGGCUACGAGGCUGGUAAGGUUGAUAUUUGGUCUUGUGGGGUUGUACUCUUCGUUUUGAUGGCUGGGUAUUUGCCUUUUCAUGACCAGAACAUUAUGUCUAUGUAUAAGAAGAUUUACAAGGGUGAGUUUCGGUGUCCGAGGUGGUUUUCGCCUGAGUUGACUCGGCUAUUAACUCGGCUUCUUGAUACAAACCCUGAGACCCGGUUUACGAUUCCGGAAAUCAUGGAGAAUCGGUGGUUUAAGAAGGGGUUUAAGCACAUCAAGUUUUAUAUAGAGGAUGAUAGGGUGUGUAAUGUGGUGGAUGAGAAGGAAGAGGAGGAGGAAGAUGAUAAUGAUUCGGUUUCGUCUCUAUCCGAGACGGAAUCAGAAUCGGGGUUUGAGGCUGCUAGGAGGUCGAAGAGGGUGGGCACGUUGCCGAGGCCGGCGAGCUUGAAUGCUUUUGAUAUAAUAUCGUUCUCACGCGGGUUUGAUUUAUCUGGGUUGUUUGAAGAAGGUGGGGAUGAGUCGAGGUUUGUAUCUGGUGCACCUGUAUCGAAAAUUAUAUCGAAAUUGGAGGAGAUAGCGAAGCUGGUCAGCUUUACAGUGAGGAAGAAGGAUUGCAGGGUGAGCUUGGAGGGGUCAAGGGAAGGAAUUAAGGGGCCAUUGACGAUUGCGGCUGAGAUUUUCGAAUUGACGCCGAGUUUGGUGGUGCUAGAAGUGAAGAAGAAAGGAGGGGAUAAAGGAGAGUAUGAUGAUUUCUGUAACAACGAAUUGAGACCCGGGUUGCAGAAUUUGAUGCUAGAAGAAGCUGAAGCAGCUGCUGCUGGUGCUCGUGCUGGUGGUUCUUCGUUUUCUUCUUCGGCUUCGUUUGCAGCUUCGGAUACUUCUUCAUACCCACCUUCAUAUCCUCCUUCGGAUACUGAAUAGAUUGGGAGUGAAAGAGAUAGUAAAAAGAGAGAGAGAGAGAUUGAGAAAGGAAGGGAAAAGGGUAUGCUUUUCUUUUUUCUCUUUCUGUCUCACCUUUUUUCUUUUACUAAAAUGUAGUAUAUGAUAUAUGUUUUCCUUGUCUUUGAAUGUUCUGUUGUGUUACUUAGGAACUUUAGAUUCAUCUAAUUUCGUAUUUUAUUGUUGUAUCGGGAAAUCCUAGAUAAAUUUAUAAAGAAUGGAGUACAGUUUUUCUA